AUGUCUCCCCCCACCAAGUCGUCAGGCUCGGAUCGCGCAAGUUCGACAUCCCAGUCUCCACGAUCUCGCUGGCUUCCACCGCGAGGUGGACCCUUGCCUCGCGAUCUACAGGGACUUAUGAGCCCUCCAACCCAACACACCUCACUAAGCUCCUCAAGCCCUUACUAUGCCAGCUCUGAAGCGGGAAGCUCCUCUAGCUCCUCCAUCUCCUCUAGCGCCUCCGAGUCUUCGCGAGGAUCCCUCGCCUUCAUCAUCAAUGAGCCAGAGCGCGUCGGCGUGACCGGCGCUGGAUCCCGCCAGAGGGCGGAGCUUGCCCUCCCGCCUCUCGAAGGGGGCCGGCACUGGGUCCCCUAUGAGAUGAUCGAGCGUAUUCAGCCAGCGUUUCCCCGCUCCUCCCCAGAAGACGCAUCGACGUCGACCAGCUCUUCAGCGCAGUCGAGAUCAUCUCGCGCGACGGCUGCUCAUCUCGGUCGUCCGGGUGCACGCCGCCAGACCCUCGCUGCGCGACGCCAACCUCCCGCUGCAUGGCACCAGCCAUCUCCUCCUCGUCUCGCGACCGGCCCAUCCCAUGCCCCCGGCCGCACUCCACCCCGCCUAAUCUCGCCAGGUUGGGGAGUCGUUGCCGGUGUCAGCGCCUCGACGAGCGCGGGCCCAUCCACGUCGACGUCGACGAACGCAUACGGCUCCGACAACGAUGCUCCCAUCCCCAACCCGAAGCCUAAGCGUCGAGGGAAUAAGAAGCGUAGGCGCAACGCCGACAACGACGUAGCGGAUGCAACCAGGUAUGUCGACGGUGAUGUCCUCGAGGUCGAAGUGGCUCUCAACUCCUCCGCGAGCAGGUCCACUGGCGUACAGCAGGAGCCCAGAGUGCCGAAGAGAGCAGCCAGAGCAUCAUUCCGAGGAAUAGCGCGCCGAAUCGAGGCUCUCGAGCACGAUGCGGGGAUUUCAGAGUUCGGCGCGCACCACAUCACUUGCGCGGGCUGCGGGACGAUCAAGCAGAAUGAGAUGCGGGAUGACUUUUACAACAACCUCGGAAACAAGCACAUCGAGCUCUGCCCCGACAUCCAUAAGUGGGUGUGCAUCAACGACCCGGACAACUUCGCGCCACCCAGCCAGGAGCUCCUGCGAAAGCAGGCGGAGCAGAGGCGGGCUUGCGCUGAAGAGGCUAGGAAAUACCUGGAGGGCGGGAAGAAGAAGUGCAAGUGUAUCGACCUAGGGAAGGAGAAAGAAUUCCUUGACGGGACCUUCAAGAGUGAAAAGUCUAGUGUCUCAUGGAGGGGCCCCGACGAUCCGAAGGUCAAGCCGUCGGCUUCCGCGAUUAGGAUCUUUGUCGGCGGGAGGCUCGAGAGGAUCAUGCCACGCCAAUACGCGCACACGACGCUGCCCGAAUACAUCGCCGAGCGCAUGCGGGAGGAUGCCGCAAGCCGUCAGAGUACGGCUACCGAGGUGACGCAACCGACGGAGGACGUUACAAUGGCGCAGCCGGCAGCAGUGGUAGGCUCGACUAUAGAGGAUGGCUCGAUGACGGUAGUCGACCCGUCGGUGGUGGUCGAUUCCAUGGCAGGGGUUUUCGGUUCCGCUGCGCCUUCCCCGCACUCUGAUACUCGAGACUAUGCGGACGCAGAAGCCUGGACAGGAGAGCGCACCUGGACCUGGGUGGAGGAACGCCCCAUAGAUGAGUACGAGGACGGGGACAAUACUUCGGACGUCGACGAGAACCUCGAGACGCCGUACCUGGACGCGGCUUUGGCGGAGGGAUGGGUUCCACGGUGGUCCAGGACCCCUCCCUCGCAGCAUGAACGCCUUGCGUCCGAGUCUGCUUCAAGCUCUUCCGCACGCGAGACGAGCUCUGCCAGCUCUGAUGGCUCGUCCGCUCCGUCCUCGGUCGAAGGCCCCUCGCCUGUCCAGGCAGGGAAGAAGCGCUGCCACGACGAGAUGACGCGGAGGUUCAGCGCGUUGUCGGUGACUGUCCAUGGCGGAACGGAUGCUCCAGACGCUAUCUCGAGCAUCUCGCGUAUCGAGACGAAGGACAAUGGCCGCUGGCCCCGAGCUUUCGUCUGCAGGCCGCCGCCUAUCCCUCAAUGCUCUCCGUAUCUUCUGGCAAGGUCCAUCCACAAAUAUGAUACCCCACCGGCCCCCUAG